GGCCCGAGGGUUAUAAGGCAAGCCUCGCGGGCCCGGCCCGACAAAGUGCUGGCGAGCUGCAACGUGACUGGCGCGGCGCGUGGGUGCCGGGGCAAGCGAACAAGGCAGCCGGCGAAGGACGCGACCUGAAUCCUGGGCCCCGCGGAACUGCAGCCGCGCCGCCGCGUCACGCUCACGCCUGGCGCCGCGAGCCGCGCAUAACGAUACUUGGAUUUGAACUGCAUUCUGGAACUUAUCUACACUUACAAUGCCACCGGCAGUUGGAGGUCCAGUCGGAUACACCCCCCCAGAUGGAGGCUGGGGAUGGGCGGUAGUAGUUGGAGCUUUCAUUUCCAUCGGCUUUUCUUAUGCAUUUCCCAAAUCUAUUACUGUGUUCUUCAAAGAAAUUGAAGGUAUAUUUAAUGCCACGACUAGUGAAGUGUCAUGGAUAUCUUCCAUCAUGUUGGCUGUCAUGUAUGGUGGAGGUCCUAUCAGCAGUAUCCUGGUGAAUAAAUAUGGCAGUCGUCCAGUCAUGAUUAUUGGCGGCUGCUUGUCAGGCUGUGGCUUGAUUGCAGCUUCCUUCUGUAACACCGUGCAGGAACUUUACUUGUGCAUUGGAGUCAUUGGAGGUCUUGGGCUUGCCUUCAACUUGAAUCCAGCUCUGACCAUGAUUGGCAAGUAUUUCUACAAGAGACGACCGUUGGCAAAUGGAUUGGCCAUGGCAGGCAGCCCUGUGUUCCUCUCUACCCUGGCCCCCCUCAAUCAGGCUUUCUUCGGUAUCUACGGCUGGAGAGGAAGCUUCCUAAUUCUUGGGGGCUUACUGUUAAACUGCUGUGUAGCUGGAGCCCUGAUGAGACCAAUAGGGCCCAAGCCAACCACUGCAGACAAAUAUAGAUCCAAAGAAUCCCUUCAGGAAGCUGAAAAAUCUGAAGCAAAAAAGGGGGCAAGUGAUGCAAAUACAGAUCUCAUUGGAGGAAACCCCAAAAAAGAGAAACAGUCAGCCUUCCAAACCCUUAAUAAAUUCCUGGAUUUAUCCCUGUUCAAGCACAGAGGCUUUUUGCUCUACUUGUCUGGAAAUGUGCUCAUGUUUUUUGGACUAUUUACACCUUUGGUGUUUCUUAGUAAUUAUGGCAAGAGUCAACAUUACUCUAGUGAGAAGGCUGCCUUCCUUCUUUCCAUCCUGGCUUUUGUUGACAUGGUAGCCAGACCCUCUAUGGGACUUGUAGCCAACACCAAGUGGAUAAGACCUCGAGUACAGUAUUUUUUUGCUGCUUCUAUUAUUGCAAAUGGAGUGUGUCAUCUGAUAGCACCUUUAUCCUCCAGCUAUAUAGGGUUCUGUAUUUAUGCGGGAUUCUUUGGAUUUGCAUUUGGGUGGCUCAGCUCAGUAUUAUUUGAAACACUGAUGGACCUUGUUGGACCUCAGAGAUUCUCCAGUGCUGUGGGAUUGGUGACCAUUGUAGAGUGCUGUCCUGUCCUCCUGGGGCCACCACUUUUAGGUCGUCUCAAUGACAUAUACGGAGACUAUAAAUACACAUACUGGGCAUGUGGCAUAAUCCUGAUCAUCUCAGGCAUCUAUCUUUUCAUCGGCAUGGGCAUCAACUACCGACUUCUGGCAAAAGAACAGAAAGCAGAGAAGCAGCAGAUAAAGGAAAACAAAGAGGAGGAGACCAGUAUAGACGCUGCUGAGAAGCCAAAAGAAGUUACUGAUGUAGCAGAAUCUCCAGAGCAGAAAGGCAUAGAAGGAAGCCCCAAAGAGGAGGAGAGUCCAGUUUGAACCUGUGAGGCUGAAGAGCAGAUGGAACAGCUCACGACCCAAGAUAUUUUAAGAUUCUCUGUUGUCCUGUGAUCUUCCAGUGGUGCUCAGUGCAAAUACUGGACAUUUGUGUGGGAGCCAUACCAGGGGUUCAUUGAUGGAAUUUGUGUUUCACUCCUUAUGAGUAGCCUGAAUUAAAAAUGCCAUAGCCUUUGGGGAGGGAGUGGUUGAAAAAGAAUGAGGGAAACAAGUUAGUUUUAUUUUGGGUUUUUGUUUGUUUGUUUUUUAAAAUCUUAGUUUUUAACAGACAGUGUCAUGAAGAUUAUAACAUGUGCCUUAAGUUUUAGUCUUUAGAACUCUCUAGAGAGCCUUAACUUUUUAAACCAUUCUGCUUAAUUCAUUCAUUUUAAGUGUUCUGUUACAAGGAAAAAUUACUAGUUUGAGGCAAAUCUAAAAUCUUAAUCUUGCUUCAUUAUUAUUUGUAACAUAUCAUCAGGCAUUGUCACUAGAAGAUUUAUGAAUAGAAAUAUUUGUUGAAAGUUGGGGGUUUUAUAAAAUCCUGACUAAAAUAUUUUCCUAGCAUCGAUAGUUGCAUGGCAUGUGUGCCUGCUAGAUAUAUAUUUAGGAAAUUUAAGGCAUAAAACUUUGGAAACACCUUGGCUGUUCCAGAUGCACUGUACUCAGCAGCAGCCCUCUGGUAUCUUUUCUUGGGUUGCUUUGUAGAAGCCAAGUGCUUGAGAGUUGACGUCAUUAAUUUACUAUUCUUGCUCCCCUUUCCAAAGAAACAUUUUGAGUGGUUAUAGAUCACUGCCCCUUUUGAGAGCACAUAGUAUUUUUUUUCCCCACUGUAAAAGUUAGUAUUAAAAUACACAAAACUACGUAUUUGUGCCUCCUUAGCAAAUUAAACAUAGAUAUUUCAAACAGCAGCCGAAUUCAGCUUAGGUUUUUCCCAAACUUCGGUUAAACUGUGAGAUUUGGAAUCUUUUUUGUUUUUCCUGGAAUUUCCCCCCUUUGAUUCAUAGUGGUUCCAUUUAUGUCUGCAUCCAGCUUAGCUCUAUGUGUCAGAUAUUCAUUCUUUAUGUGUUCAGUUAUUUCUUUUUAAUGUUUGUUACUUAAAGAGAGCCAGAGAGAUUUGGCCCAGACAAACCAAUAAGGAUAAGAUUGGGAGAGAGGUUGUUAUGUGUGGUUAUCAGUUGGUAACUCCUUUGUUCUAAGAAGGCCUUAAAGAAAAUUAUGUUUUGCUUAGAAUUAUUGGACACAUUCUUACUCUUUACACAAGCCUAAAGAUUUUGUGACCCUUUUCAGUUAUCUGAAAAGUAGAGAAAUGGGUUUAGUAGAAGAAUAGGAAGGAGGGUGGACCAGAAUGAAAACUGUAAAUAUUUUUUAACCUAAUCUUUUAAAUUACAGCAGGAAGAUAAUGGUAGACAUUCAGUGAAUUAUUUCAGUGCAUCUAAAAAUAUUUUAAUUGACAGUGUGAAAGUAUAGAUAUAAAACCUUAUUUAAGAGGCUGGCUUUUUAAAAUAAAUUUUUUUUUAAGAAAUGUUUCUUCCUCCAAAUGUUUAUUUUCUUGAGGAGAACAUUGUCUUCAUUUUCAAGAUUCAAUUUGGCCAUUGCUAAUAUUAAAUAAUUCAGCUUAUGUGCUUUGGGAUUUGUGUAUAUGGCUUAUUUUGCUUUUUCUCCUUACCUCUUUAAGGCAAGCAGGAGAGGAAUUUUGGAACUAUUCAGUUUGGACUCUGACAUUUUCCAUAGACCUAACCUCUGAGUGCUUCUAUCCCUUUCUGUGAAAAAAAGGAUCACCUUGAAUAGAGUAUUACAAGUAAAAAACGUGGGGAAAAGUAAA